GUUCUCGGCUUUUGUACAUUAAUACACUUACAAAAAUGUGUAAUUCUUUAUGAAAUGUUGUAAACUUUAAAGUAAAGCGUAAAAAAAAAAAAAGUUGCAACCAUUCACCCCACAUGAAUAGGAGUUUUAUUUUUGAAAGAACUGUCAGUUUUGCCCGGAAAUUCCGGUCCGUCUUGUUGUGGCGGCAGCACGGCAACUUUUCUGAACACAACAAAAUCCCGACAGUUCCGUCAUGACACCUGUCACUCACGACGUGAAUUCACCGGAGGAUUACAGACUCUUUGUUCUGACUGGGAAACCAUCGACCCCCCUGUAAAGUCUCGUCUCUCUUACCUGGGCGAAAAUGUCUGUCGUAACAGUUCAGCUGGGUCAGUGCGGUAACCAGGUUGGUCAGGAGCUGUUCGGCAUCAUCUGCAGUGAUGCUCAGGAGGGACAGAGGAAAACAUACAGCGCAGCCAGCUGUGAGCGCUUCUUCCAUCAGACCGCACAUGGAGAUUUUGUGGCUAGGGCGGUGCUGAUAGAUAUGGAGCCUAAAGUGAUAAACCACAGUAUGACCAAGGCUGCAACUUCUGGCAGGUGGAGGUAUGGAGACACUUCACACUUCAGCCAGAAGCAGGGCUCUGGGAAUAACUGGGCCAAUGGGUAUUGUGUCCACGGUCCUCGCCACAGGGAGGUGGUGGAGGAGCUGGUGAGGCGAGAGGUGGAGCGCUGUGACAGAUUGGCUGGCCUCAUGGCUGUGAUGAGCGUGGCAGGGGGAACGGGGUCUGGGGUUGGUACCUACGUUACUCAAUGUCUCCGAGACAUCUACCCAAAGUCCUUCAUCCUCAACCACCUCACUUGGCCGUACGGGACUGGGGAGGUGAUUGUCCAGAACUACAACUCAGUGCUGACGCUGGCUCAUCUCUAUCAGCUGUCAGACGCCAUCCUGGUGCACGAGAACGACACGGUGCACAGGAUCUGCAGUCAGCUGCUCAACAUCAAACACAUCUCCUUUAGUGACGUCAACAGGGUUAUCGCUCACCAGCUGGGCAGUGUGCUGCAGCCCGCACUCACCGCUGACUCCCAUGGAGCCUACAGCAGAAAUCCUCUGGGUGAGUUGGUGAGCACCCUUGCAUGCCACCCUGAGUACAAGCUGCUCAAUGUGUGUACUAUCCCUCAGAUGCCUAGUUCCUCCAUAGCCUACAGCACGUUCAGCUGGCCAGGGCUGCUCAAACACCUGCGACAGAUGCUCAUCUCCAACAGCAAGAUGGAGGAAGGUAUAGACUGGCAGGUGCGUCCGCCUGCAGGAUCUGAGCAGACCAGGAGUCUCACAGGAGCCAGCUUCAACACCUCUCUGGCCAACCUGCUCAUACUGAGGGGGAAAGACGUCUACAGCGCAGAGACUGAUGGCUUUGAGGACCCAGCCCUGUAUUCCUCCUGGCUCUCAUCAAAAGAAGCUUUCAACCUGUGGAAAUCCCCAGUGCCUUUUAAUAAGUAUGAAAAAUCUGCUACGCUGGUCAGUAACAGUCAGGCUCUGCUCAGACCUCUGGAUAACAUGGUGGGAAAAGCCUGGAACAUGUUUGCCUCCAGGGCCUACAUCCAUCAGUACAUUAAGUUUGGGAUCUCGGAGGAGGACUUUCUAGACAGCUUUACAUCUCUGGAGCAGGUCGUCGCCAGCUACAGUCAACUCUGCUAGCAAAGGGAAAGACUAACAAGCACCGCCUUUUCUUUGGACUGUAUGUAGAAAAGAGAAUAUCAUUAAGUGGGACACUGUUGAUGCUUUUUCUUUUUUUAGAAAAAAAACAUGUAAAUAAAACAAAUUGUUUGCUUUAACAGAAUGAUUUCUUCACUGAAAGCUAAGUAAAUUCCUUUACUUUGUCUGACAUCUGCAGUGGCGGCAAGGACUGAGGUAAUUUAUUUACCCUAAAGGUGCAUUAACUGCCUCUUCAAGAGAAAAUUAAUUAUUAAAUUAUAUUACAUUAAUAUACACUUUGUAAUGAUAUUUUUUAGUCAGCUCCUGUUUCCAAGGUCAAGAAUUGAUCUUUACUGACUGAAUCUUGAAGCAGACGUAGACAAGAACGGAGGAAGAUGAAGUAUUCGUAAGUGAAUGUACUAAUAGCACAAUGUCAAAAUACUGUUCCAAUAAAAUUCCUGCAAAACUUUUAAGUAAAAUCAAUAUUAAGAAUAAUAAAACACUCACUAUACCAAGAGGCAUAUCUCAGUUUUGAAUCAUGAACCCCCUGAAGUCCUGAUUAAUUCUUUUUCUCCUUUGAUCUUAUGGUACACAGAGGAUAAUCAUUUUCAGUGUAGUAAGAUUAAAAUAUAUUCAAUACUGCAAGGUCUCAACUUGAAAUUU